UCACUCACCUAUUAUAUGUGAAAUAUGACACUCUUAUGAUUUUAGCACUCUAUUAGAUUCGAAAGAAAUACUUUGCUUUUUAAUGUAAAAAUGAUACAGAAUGAACUAGAUGUAGAAGAUAACUCCUCUAAUGAAGAAUUUUCUGAUGUUUGUAAGAUGUACAACAAAAUUUUGGAAAAUAUAUCAGCAAAAGAUUUGUUUACCUUUUUAUCAGGAAAAUCUAAAUCUAACACUCAAAAGUUAUUUAAAGAAUGCAAUAUUUCAGAUUUAAAGCAAGAGGUAAUAAGGGAAAAUAAUAACGUUGCUACAUUUAAAAAAUUUGAAUGCACAAUUUGCAAUAAAUAUUAUACUUCUAAAGGCAUUUUAAACACCCAUAUAACUCAAGUACAUCUAAAGGUCAGGCCAUACCCAUGUAACAUGUGUCAAAAAUCUUUCAGUCAAAAAGGUAACCUCCGUGAACAUAUAUCUACUAUUCAUGAAAAAGUUAGACCUCACGAAUGUGUAUCUUGUGGAAAAAAUUUUACCCAAAAAGGAAAUUUGAAAGAACACAUGUUAAAAGUACACCACAAGCUCAAACCUUAUCCUUGUAUCUUUUGCCCAAAACGAUUCAGCCAAAAAGCCAAUAUGGAGCAACACAUUCGCAAAAUACACCCAUCUACAUUAUGAAUUCAAACAUAAAAAUCUCUAUUAUUUAUAACAAUUAUAGAAACAUAUAAUUAAAUAUCUCAGUUUUUGAAUGUUAGAAUGUUACUACUUUUAUGUAAUUUAUAUGAAUAAGUGCUCAAAAAUUAUUUCUUUUCAAGAUAUAUAAAUUUAAGUA